AUGUCUCAGGAGCUAGAGGCUGGCAUGUUUAAUGCAAGUGAUCUAGUCGUAGACCACAACACCCCCGCAUAUACUUUGGAAGUGGAGGAACUUCCGUUGCCACAGGAUUUCCAAUGGGGAACCGCUACAGCGGCCUAUCAGAUUGAAGGGGGUGCCAGUCAAGAUGGGAAAGGCCCAUCUAUUUGGGAUACGUUCUCUCAUCUGAGUCCUUCUCGAACCAAUGGGGAGAACGCAGAUGUUGCUUGUGACCACUACAAUCGAACAACAGCGGACAUCAAGCUCAUGGCUUCCCUCGGAGUGGAUGUGUAUCGGUUCUCAAUUGCGUGGUCCCGCAUCAUUCCAAUGGGGGGCCGUAACGACCCAAUCAAUGAGCAAGGCAUCGCAUUCUAUAGCAAUCUGAUCGAUGAAUUAUUGGCUCAUAAUAUUGCACCCGUGGUGACUCUCUACCACUGGGAUGCACCUCAGUCAAUAUACGACCGUUAUGGAGCCUUUCUCAACACUGAAGAAUUCCAAGCGGACUUUGAAAACUACGCGCAUCUAUGCUUCAGUCGGUUCGGAAAUCGCAUUCGGAAAUGGGUGACAUUCAACGAGCCGUAUAUCAUUUCCAUAUUCGCCCACCUUAAUGGAACUCUGGCUCCUGGGCACUGUCGUGAGGCUGGAACUGAUACAAAAACGGAGCCCUGGAUCGUCGGGCACACUAUCAUUCUCUCCCACGCCACGGUCGCUUUGAUGUACGCGAAUGAAUUUCGCGAGUCUCAAAAUGGGGAGAUUUCCAUUGUACUGAACGGCCAUUAUUACGAACCAUAUGAUCAGGCGAGCAGCCAAGAUCGCGAUGCCACCGAGCGCCGAUUACUCUUUUACAUUGCUUGGUUCGGGGACCCCGUUUUUCUUGGAGCGGACUACCCUCCUGCCAUGCGCGCUUACUUGGGUGACCGACUUCCUACAUUUACAACCAAGCAGCGCGAGCUCCUCCAGCGAGCUGCACCUGUCAACACAUACUACGGAAUGAAUCACUAUUCCACCAAGUUUAUACGUGCGCUAUCUGAUCCACCGGCCGAGGAUGACUGGACAGGCAACACGGAGGAGCUUUCAAUCAACAGUGAGGGUAAAGAGAUUGGGCCUGUUUCGGGGGUAGCUUGGCUUCGGGUUGCACCAGAAGGCUUUCGGAAGUUGCUGAAUUGGAUCUGGAAGCGAUAUCGGCUACCUAUUAUUGUCACGGAGAAUGGCUGUCCUUGUUCGGGCGAGGAAAAUAUCUCCACAGCCGUUGAUGAUAAGUUCAGACGGUGGUACUUUGGCUUGUACCUAGACGCGAUUUCCCGUGCCAUAUAUGAAGAUGGAGUUGCCGUUGAUGGCUACUAUGCUUGGAGCUUGAUGGAUAACUACGAGUGGUCUGCUGGUUAUGGGCCUCGCUUUGGCAUUAUUCAUGUUGACUUUCAGACUUUGGAGCGGACUAUGAAGAAUUCGGGAUAUUACUUGCGGGAUACCUUCAUAGAACGUAGGAGAAAGUCAUAG